AUGCCCCCAAGAUUUGCAUUUGGCGAACCGCAGGCUCCACAUAUUAGUAUUCCUGCAGAAUGCCGGAAAUUAGCACCGUUUGACGACGAUGGCUGUGAUAGGGUCUUAGAUUUUGCGGGUAGACCUCAGAUCGAAUUAUUCAACUUCUUGGACUGCCUGCAGAACUAUUCCUUGCCUAAUACAGUCAUUAGAGUGAUUUUACCUGGAACAGUUUUGCCCCUCCACAAGUCGCUAAGUGAUUAUGGAGAGGUCAUGCGCUUGGACACAUUCUUUCCACACUUGUCGACAGAAAAUCCACCGUCCCUCCUGAUGCCUAACUGCCCUGGCAAUGCAAAUUACAUGGCUUCUGGCUACAUAUAUCCUGACGAACAUUUUCAGUCAAUAGAAUUAGCUGCGCACGAAAUCUAUCCGAAUUCUUGCAGUCUGAUAACGUGGGAAUUCAAACCAACUGGGUAUGGACCAGUCCGUUCGCGCUCCAGCAUCUAUCCCUUUGUUCAUCUGCCAAUUAAUAUUGUUAAUAAGGUGUAUCCUUCACCACCUGACGGCAAAUUGUCCGGAAAUGAUAUGAUCAAUCGUAUUCUUAUGCCUGCUCGUAUGUUUACUACAAUUUUGUCGUUUAUUCCUGAUGCUUUCGUCUUUUUCAUCAGCAAGAAGUUAGAGAACUUGAAGGAUAAUCGAGCGCCUCUGUCUCUCCUCCUAUAUUCCUCCAUGACUUAUGGUGGUCUAUUGUACAAUAGUCGUACGUUGAGCAACAACUGGGAAACUAUACUUGUUUGCAUCUUCUGCUAUCUAUCCCUUCACUCCUCAUUCCUUAAUAUUCUGCUUGAGGCAGCUAUCGGUGCUUAUGGCAUAUUUUUACGAUCUUCGUUUCCGAUCUUUGUUACCCCCUUUAUCUUACUUCAGCUCUACAAUAUUUCAAGGUCGACUCAUCGAAUUGUCUACCUAACAUGUAUAAUACCCAUUGCCGUACUCAUAUCAUGUGUGGUGUCUGGCCUUUUAAUUUUCUUUGAUACGGUCUAUUAUUCUGGAAAUCAAGUGCCGAAACUGAGUGAUUUCAUUAUAACACCAUUGCGUUUCCUCAAAUACAAUUCUGUGCCUGAGACAUUAGCUAAACACGGACUGCAUCCUUGGUACCAUUACCUUAUUGUUCAUUGGCCCCUAAUUCUAACUCCUAUUGUUGCUCCCGUGGUACUGAUUCCCCCAACAAGGAGAGGAUAUGAGUACAGACUUCGAUUCACACUGUGGCUCUCAAUAGUACUGCCAACACUAUUUCUCNUCAUUCCUUGUCUUCCAUUUGCCUCUUGUUUAGCUUCCCUUCGAGUCAAAAGAUUGAGGUCUCUCCUUGUUUAUUGGAUUGUGUACCAAGCUGCGUUGGUUGUGUUUUGGGGCUAUUUGCAUCAGGCCGGAAUUCUUCCGUUCCUCAAAUCGAUUCCAGCAAACGAUGUGGAUGAAGUGUCUUUGAACAUAUUUUACAAAACAUAUAUGCCCCCAAGAUUUGCAUUUGGCGAACCGCAGGCUCCACAUAUUAGUAUUCCUGCAGAAUGCCGGAAAUUAGCACCGUUUGACGACGAUGGCUGUGAUAGGGUCUUAGAUUUUGCGGGUAGACCUCAGAUCGAAUUAUUCAACUUCUUGGACUGCCUGCAGAACUAUUCCUUGCCUAAUACAGUCAUUAGAGUGGUGAGUUCGUUUUGUCUUAACUUUUUAAUGAUAAUGAGUGGCUAG